AUGUCCUCUUCAGUGUGCAAGUAUGUGUUGAAUGUGUUUCAGCCAUGUUAGUGCUUGCCUUGCUCUCUCUAUGGUCUGUGUUGUAGAGAGUGUGUGCAAGGCGGCUGGCAUGAAAUUGGUUUGAUAUAAAGCAAGGUAGUUAUGGCACGGGGGAAACUAGAAGGAUGUUCAGGCAGGACGAACCCAGCAGCAGUUUCUAAGAAGGCCACCUUGGAUGAUGAACACAAGUUUGUGCCCUGCCAGCUUUCAAGUGCUGAGCAAGCAGAGAGAGGAUAUGAAGGCAGGAGGACCCUGUUGCCAUUGGGGUGGGGGGUGGGGGUAAAAACAUAUCAUUGUGGAAUCCUGCCACUCCCCACACCCACCAGUGCUCUACAUUAGAACUUAGCAAAUUUGUAGGAGGAGGGUUUUUAAUGUUAAAAAAAUCUAUUUUGAAUGGCAAAAGAGGCUAAGCCAGGGGCAUAAUGCACGUGACAUGACAGUCCUUAAAGCAGUUGUUCUCAAACUUUAUCUGGGCCACACUUUCAGAAUAAAAAUUUGCUUGCCCCAUACUCAAUUUUGUAUUAAUAAGACAUACAUUGGAAAACAGAAAGAACGCUUAGCUGUGCUUGAUUUUGGAAAAAAAAUCCAAACAGUAUUCUGCAAAUAAAGCAUUUUGAUAGUACACUACACUGAAAUGUUUCCUUGAUUGUUCUUGAAUCUUCCUGCCACACUUGCCAUCCUCUGCUGCUGCACAGGCACUGUAUCCUGCAGAAGGGGGAAAUGCAACUCUGAGGAACCCACAGUCUCAAUUACUUGACAUGUUCUGGACAUGAAAUAAGUAUUCAAGUUACUUUGUUUACUUUCUCUGGAAACUGAACUUUUUAAAUAAAAUGAAAUAUGGUUUUGGCAGCUGGGUGACAUAAGGCACUCCAAAGUGUGUGUUGGGGAGGAGCUGCACCUGUUGAAUUUCUGGCUGCCUCACUACUGGACUUUAACAAAGCUCUGCUCCAGCCUCAGGCUGAUCGUUCAAAAGCACUUUUCCGGAGCCAAGUCUUCAUUCACAAAGCGGUGAUGGGGGGUGCUGCUGCAAAAGACCGUCACCGCCUGUUCUGCUGCUGCUGCUGCUGCUGCAAUCAGUGCAGCGCCCAGAAAGCGGGCUAAGUGAGGGCGUGGGCAUUUACUGAGCACGCGCAUUCCCCCUGAGUUGCGCUUGCGCACUCAGUCGAGGUGAAGCUACGGAGACGAGGUAAGGUGGCCGCUGUCUUCCAUUCCUCCCGCCCCCGCCCCCGCCCCCCCCGCCCAGCCUGAGCUCUGCACGACUCCAGGAGCUCCUCUCCGGCCACCAACACGCGCGACCAGAGCCCCAUGCAAGGAAGUUGGGUGCGGGGAGCAGUUAGGGCUACGUCGGGCCAUGGCCCCUCCCCUCUCUGUUUUUUUAAUUGCAAAGCAGCUUCAAAGCCUGGAAAUAAAUAUCCAAAGUAGCGUGCAGUAAAAUAAGACGAAAUAUAAAAUCCAAAAAUUUACAAGCUCUGUAAAACCAAAGACAAUGAGGACAACUGUAGUUAUUAUUUUGAAAACUAGCUGGAUCACAGUUUUGGAGAAGACUGUUUUUAAUGUCUCCGAUCUCCAAAACAGGAUAUUACUGGAUCAGGCCGAUGGCCCAUUAGUCCUGUACCCUACUUUCACAGCGGCCAACCAGAUGGGAAACGAGCAAGCAGGACCUCAGCACAAGAGCAAGGCUGUGGUUCCCAGCAACUGGCAGUCCCAAAUGCUCCCUCUUAGCAAUGGCCCCUUGAGGAGUGAUGUUACUCUCGGAUAUAUUUGGGGAGGGGGGUAACUGGGUCCCAAGUUGUUUAGGGCUCUAAAUGCUAAAAGCAAAAUUAGUAUGGGCAGCCCAGUGCAGCUUGCCUGACAGAGAAGUUACAUGGUGUUCACCAGCUGCACCUUCUGGGUUAAGUUCGAGGGAAGCCCCCCCCCCCCCCAGUCCACACACACAGAGCUCAUUGCAUUAAUCCUCUCCAGAGUGUCAGGAUGGCAUGACAUAGGCCAAGGUCUCCUUCCUGGUCCAGGAACAGCUGCAGCUGCCUUGUCAACCACAGCUGGCCCAAAGGCGCUCAUAGCCACCUGGGCCUCUAGUGGCAAAGGGUGGACCCAGGAACACCCCCCAGGCUACGCACCUGUGCCUUUGGAGGGAGGAAUGCAACCCUGUUUGGAGCAGGCAACACACCUCCUACCUGGGCGUGGGUCUUGCUCACCUACCAACUCACCACUGCACUCAGACUUUCCCACAGCAAACACCAGGCAGGUGGCACAACGGGCAGCAGGGAGCGCAGGCGAUUCCCAGUCCCACUCCCUGGUACCCACUGCCAGGAAGGGGAUCCUGUCAACAUCCCCCUCCUCUCCCCACCCCAGCAGUGCCUCCCUCAUCCUCCCCCCACCUGCCCACCCCAUCCCCUCCAAGGGAGGUUGUUUCCUGGUGUGAUACCCAGGAGAGGUAAGAGCAGGAAUGUCCCUCUUGCCUAGCCACUAACUCAUCCUGCCCAUCAAGAUGGAUGGAUGGAUGAGGUGCUGAGAGCACGUUACAUGCUGAGAAGCUUUGUAAGCCGCUUUGAGAGCCUCUUGGGGCUCUGAAGCAGAAUAUAACAAGCAUUCCAGAUAAUGCCCUUUAAUCCUAGAUAAGGGUGGAGAGAGAAUUAUCCACUCCAAAAGAGAGCUAAAUGACCCCAGCCAGUGCCUUCUGCUUUGAGGUCUCCAGUGAAGGGUGGCAAGCACGAGACCAACUGCCCACCUGCCCCCAGCCAGGGUGGCCAAUGACUUCUUAUCCUGCACCCACCCCCACCCCCGCCACAGGAAGGGCACAACCUGAAAGGGAUUGUGGCAGUGCCCAGAGGGUGAGGGGAGCUGGCCUGGGUGGUUCCUUGUGCAACACCACCCUUUGUGUUCCUGUUGGAAGGCCAGCCAAGCCAUGCCCACACCCAGUUCCACCUCUGCUGUGCCCCGUGUGCCUCUCACCUUCCUGCCCAACUGGUUCAGCUGCCUUUUUCUACUCCUGCUGCCUCACAAGCAGGAAGAGGGGCAGUCAGGCACCAGGCCGGGGGGGGGGGACGACGACACAGGUUGUGUGUGGGAGUCUCUUAAAGCAGGGGAAAUGGGCUGCAGAAAAGAAAAAGGGAUCUGCUGGUAGAGUUUUUGUUUGGCAUCUGCAAUUGUGGGUUUCUGGACACACACCUGAACUCAUUUUUUUAACCUUGCAAAUAUCAAGUAUUCUUCCCCCACCCCGUCCAGCUGCUGGCCAUAUCUAGGACUGCAUUUUUGUCUGAAAGGCUUGUGAGCUUGAUUCUGGCAAAUUCCCAGGCUGAGAACAUGCUGAAUUUUAGGUGGGUCUCUCCCACUCCCCACCUCACCCUGCCUGCCCAUUUCUUGAAGCGUGUCUUUCGGAUGCUCUUCGUAAAGGUCUGAUCAGAGUACGUAGCCAAAGUUAUGUUCCUGCCCUCUCUGCUUUCAUUGUUUCAAGGUUUUGUAACUUCAUUAAGUGUUUCAUCAGUUGGUGAUUUAUUUCUUUUUUAAGUGUGGGCCAUGUUGGAAGCCUUUGCAGAAAAGCAGAAUGAAAACAGUUGAAAGCACUCAAAAGUCUCCCUCCUUCAGCCGCUGCUUUGCAGUACGUCGUCUGCGGCCGUCCAGGAUUAGUCAUUAACCUGUUGCUAAUUCUGCCUCCUGAAAGCACACUGGUCAAAGGUGGCUGCUCUCAUUUUCAUUCUCUGGCCUUGGACGUCCGAGCAGCAAGUCCACCCCUCCAAGUGAAAGUCCCCCUUGCAGGGCAGCCGGAUUGGCAGAUGACAAGAUUUUCCUGCCAGAGAAAGGGCCUCCUCUGCCAGAGCUUGGAGACAGAAACCAGUUUGCAGACCUGCCAGUACAGAGCUUACAAAGUCAUGCUGGCUGGAGGCUGUGAUUUUCCUUUCGAGACCUUGCUUGCAUUGGGGGGCCAUGAACCAAACUGCGCCAGUCAAGAUUUUGCCCGUGAUAAGAUGUGUUGACACCUAGUUCCCCUCUCUCGUUCCCCUCUCUUUCUAGGCUAGUGCUGACACCAUGCUGAAGCUUCGGCUCUUGACGUGGGACGUGAAGGACACCCUCCUUCGCCUCCGUGUCCCCGUGGGCGAGAGCUACUCUGCUGAGGCCCGGGCCUGUGGCGUCCAGGUACAGGCCGAAGCCCUCACCCAGUCUUUCCGCCAAGCCUACAGGGCCCAAAGCCUGCAUUUCCCCAACUAUGGCUCAGACAGAGGCCUCAGCUCCAAGCAGUGGUGGAUGGAUGUUGUCAUGGAGACGUUCCGGCUCUCCGGUGUCCACGGCAAGGAGGCCGUCCGGCCCAUUGCGGAGAAACUCUACCGGGAUUACAGCAGUGCCCACAACUGGGAGUUGCUCCCGGGCGCCAGGGACACUCUGCAGCAAUGCCAGAGGAUGGGGGUCCCCAUGGCAGUCAUCUCCAACUUUGACCAGAGGCUGCAGGAAGUGCUGACCCGCUGCGGCCUCCGCCAGCACUUCGACUUUGUCCUGACCUCGGAAGAAGUGGGGUUUGCCAAGCCGGACAAGCGGAUUUUCCUGGAGGCACUCCGCAUCGCAGGGGUGUCUCCUCAGCUGGCAGCCCACGUGGGGGACGACUACGUGAAUGACUACAAGGCAGCGAGGGAGGCAGGGAUGCACAGUUUUCUGUAUAAAUCAGGUUGCCAGCCUCUAGAGAAGGAUGCAGAAGUGCCCAAUGUCCACAUCCUACCAUCACUGAUGCACCUCCCGUCCCUUAUAGAGAAGGGCUAAGAAGGGGAGUUUUGUCAGGGUUCAGCUAAAUCACACCUGGUGUCCCUCCUAGACUGUAUCACUUCAGUUGGCAGGUGGAAGGUGAGAGAGAGAGAGAGGAAACAUUUUAUGUUCUUCUACAUUAAAAAUAGUAAUAAUUAAAUUAAUAAUCUAAUUUAAUUUUUAAAAUAAAUAAAAAUAAAGGAGGUAGCAGGAUCAGGGAGAAAAAUAAUGGGCCUGCCCCCUGACACCCACGAGUUAUUUAUGCAUGUAAUUACUUUUGAGUCAGUUUGUGGCCCAAAAAAGGACCUCUCCCAAGUUUAAAAACUUGAGCUUAAAUUAUUUAGCACAAUUUCAUAACAAACAGAUAAUAAAACAUCCCUGGCUUAAAUGCCUAAAGUAUUUGGUUGUUUAUAUACUUUUGUUUGUAUGUGCCUUUUAAAAAUAAAUUAAAAUGCUGUUAGAAUGCAUAUCCUUGUGCCCCUGUUAUAUAGCCUUGGGAACCAAUGAAAUGUGAACCUGGAGGCCUGGCUGCUUUUUAAAAGGCAGCCUAUUUCUGUUAUGUGAUGCAGCAGAGAAAGAUUGAUGGAUGUGAUUAGUUGUGAUUCUUGCAUUGCUGGGGGUUGGACUAGAUGACCGUUGGGUCCCUUUCAAAUUCUACCCUUCUAUUACAGUAUUCUAGGAUCUCCCAUUUUAUUGCCCCGUGCUGUGUGUUUGCCACAGUCUGACAGAAAAACAAGAAUGCUAUGCAACAUUCUGCAUGGUUCAGCUUCCUGAGAAUAACACAUUUUAAGAAGAAAAACAAGUUUCUACCCCUCAUGGUCAGAAAGGUAUGCUAGAAAGUAUGUGGGAAGAGAACGGGCUUGCCAAAAUCACCGAACGUGCUGGUGUCGGUUUGAGGAAGACUGAAUGAGAUUCUCAGCAAACUGGACUGAGGUUCCCAGCAAAAAUGGGGUGGGGGGGGGAAUGUGCAAAACGGUAGCUUUAAAUUAUGCAGCUUUAAAUUCACAAUUCUAGUAUUUAAACAGUAGCUUUACAUUCAUAAUUAUAACAUUCGGUGAUGACAAAAAAGCAGCAACAUGCUCCAUCCAUUAUGUAAUUUGCACAGGUUGCAGAAUCCUCUUUUCCUAGUCAGAUUUUUUUUUUAAUUGCUGGCUCUGUCCCUUUCCCCUCAGGGACUAGUACAGUACAAUUGUCUUUUCUGACUGGACUCGUGGUGGCACAGUGCUAAGGCUAAAUAAGACUGAGAAUGACCAUCUUGGAGCAGGUGGAAUGUCCCUCCCAAGCCAAGCCUUUCAGCCCCUGUCACUGACUCCGUCAUGGCCUCCUCUGGUAAGAUACUUAGCUGCAAACUGCAGCUCCCAUCUGCUCUGAACGCAGAGCCAGAGACAGCCCGUGAGUUGCCCCAGAGCAAAGCCCUCUCGCUUCCUGGCACAAGUUGGCAUCGUCCUGCCGGAACCACAGUGCUCAUCUUGCUAGAAUAUAAGGUGAUCCAGCCCCAUUCAGCUUUAGGAAAUAACAACCUUGCAGUGUUGGCUCUCCUCACAUCAGAGAGAGGCUCUGAUCUGCCACGGCCAAGGCUGGGUAGAUGGGGCCGGCAAAGGCUUCGUGGUGCAUGUGCAGAAUGGCACAAGAAUCCGGGUCAAAAAACAGCACCUCUCCAGCAUCCAAGUCCACCAAUACUCCAAUCUCAGCCGGGCACUUGAGCAUCUCCACUGCCUGGUGUCGGCCGUUGUGGGAAAACUGGAACUCGCUGCCGUAGCGGGAGAAAACCCAGGAGGAAGCGUUGCAACCCAGGCGGGCUUCGGGCCCAGCCCCCUUGCGCUCCAGGGAGCCAUAGGAGAUGCCCAGCUUGUAAGCACCGCUUUUGGCCACCCGGACUCUCCAGGCAUGGACCCCCGAACAGAACGAUUCCUCGGCCAAGGCGUUGGGCCAGUGGUCAAACCGUGCCGGGCCACCGGGGUCGGGCCUGCUGUUUUUCUUGGGGCUGAAGGUCAGCGUUCUCUUGUCCUCCGAAAGCUGCAAGAGGGGGCUGACUGUUUUCUCAUCCACGUGGACUUCAUCUGUUCUGGGUGGAGAAAGAAACUGGUCACCACAAACUCGGCAGAAAGGUGUUGGGAACGUAGCCAACUGAAAGGCAGCAAAAGCAAACCUGGAAGGCAGGUGGAGGUGGCCUGGAUAACGACCCCCACCCCACAAGGGAAAGACACUGACCUGAGGCCCGACGGAGAACAGCUAAGGCCCAUAGCCGGCUCACUAAUGGACUCUGGAGGCACCAUGGGUUAAAGUCCAGCUUUUCUGACUCCUGGGGCUUCAGGAUUCCUUCAGCUUCCUCUGUCCUAAACCAACACAACAGAAGCAACUGGGGUUAGUUUUAACGUACCACUUUUCAAUUCAUUCCCAGUAAAAUACAAUAUUACGUACAAUAUAUAUCAGUAUCCUUAGCUCUUUAGGGUACAGUGGUACCUUGGGUUACAUACGCUUCAGGUUACAGGCUCCGCUAACCCAGAAAUGGUACCUCGGGUUAAGAACUUUGCUUCAGGAUGAGAACAGAAAUUGUGCUCUGGCGGCGCAGCAGCAGCAGGAGGCCCCAUUAGCUAAAGUGGUGCUUCAGGUUAAGAACAGUUUCAGGCUAAGAACGGGCCUUCGGAACGAAUUAAGUACUUAACCCAAGGUACCACUGUAUUUAUUUUUAUUUUAUUCAUUAAAUUUGUAGACCGCCUUCUACCCGUAGAUCUCAGGGCAGUUCACAACAUAUAAUUACAAUAUAAAAAACACAAAACACAUGAUAAAAAUAAGAACAGAAAGGAGGGAAACAAUAGCUUUCCCACCAGGCCUGUGGACAAAAGCUUGCCCAAAGGAGUAGAACAGAAAGAAACACAAACUUGCACACACACACACACUGGAAGGAGGCAAUGAGGAAAGUGCUUUUAAUAGCACAAAAUACAUUUACAGCAUUUUAGAAAAACACAUCAGAAGCAGAAAGCCCACUAGGGAGGCACUUGACCCACUGGGUAGGAAGGGAAUUAAAGGGCUGACAGAGGAGGAUAUUGAGAGAGCAGAAAGGCAAAGAGAUGCAAGAGAGGACAUCCUAGACAAAUUAAAAACAAAUAAAUCAUUCAAUCUAGACAGAUUCCAUCUGAAGAGUUCUUAAACAACUCAGAGUGUGAAACUGCUGUUGAGCCUAACAAUAUAAAACAUUUCUUUUAAAGAGAUCCAAAAAAAGUGCAGGCCAGUUGAUACCAGUUCUGGAAGCAUUAUCAGCAGCAACAUUAGGAAACAUAGGGAAGAACAGGUCUUGCUGAAGGUAAAUCAGCAUGGCUUCUGCACAAGUAAGUCCUGUCUGACUCCCCUUUAGAGUUAUUUCAGAGUGUUGGUGGGAAUCUAGACAGCGGUAUCAAAACCACCAGGGGUGCCUGAGCAAACAGCUGUCCUGAAACAGGAGGACAGAUCUUACAUCUCGGCAGUUAGUUAAGGAACAAGAAGCAGAGAGUAGAAAUAAAAGGCCAGUUACAGGAAACCAGGCAAAGGGCCUUCUCGGUAGUGGUGUCUGCCCAGCAGAAUGCCUUCCCGUCAGAUGUCAAUAAGAUAAAUAACUAAAUGAAUUUUAGAAGGCAUCAGAAGGUACUCCUGUACAGGGAAGUUUUUAAAGGUUGAUGUUUUAUUGUGAUUUUAAUAUUUUGUUGAGACUGGAUGAAGCCCCUUUGGUCAGGCUCCUCAGGCCUGUUGCCAUGUUCCUAUGCUCCUACUUAUUGCUUUUUUUGAGGUGGGGGGAGGUAGAAGUAGGAAUCAAAGAUGUCUUCACUCACCUCUCAAAGAUUUCCUCCUCUGCCUGCUAGACACACAGAGAAAGAGAGAGAGAGAGAGAAAGUUACUAAAAAGACCUCUUUGAAAACAGAAAAUUACCACUGCUAAAUAGAUGGAGGUCCAUUUGACGCCAUGGAUGGGAACCCCAGGGAAAGAGUGGAAAGGGGCCCUGGCUCAGCUCCAGGGUCCCUGCAGUGAAAAGGGGGGGGGCUCAAGUUGAGGGUGGGCAGGGGAAAGACCCUCCUUGGUCUGAGAGACCCUAGAGAAGGGCUACCAGACAGAGCCCACCUGACUGGGUUCAACAGACACAAAGCCUGGCCUGGUACAGUCAAACCUCGGUUGUCGAACAUAAUCCAUUCUGGAAGCCUGUUUGGCUUCCGAAAUGUUCGACAACCAAGGCGCGGCUUCUGAUUGGUUGCAGGAGCUUCCUGCACUCAAGUGGAAGCCGUGUCGGACGCUCAGCUUCCAAAAAACGUUCAAAAAGUGAAGCGUUUACUUCUGAGUUUUUGGCAUUUGGGAGUCGAAACGUUCCAAAUGGAGGCGAUUGGGAGCCGAGGUUUGACUGUACAAAGUAGCUUCCUAUAAAUUGAAGCAUAUCACAAAAUAAAUUUAUUUUGUGAUUAUAUUGUUAGUUGUGAUUAUGUUAAAAAUGAUGUAAAACUCAAUAAAAAUGUUUUUUUAAAAAAACCUGAAGCAUGGCAGCUUUUUAAUUUUUUAAGAAAAGCCCAACAUGAUGACAUUUUUGUUUUAUUUUUAGCUCUUGCAAUUUGACCACAAUCUCAAGACGAGUUUCAAUAUAAGCAGGCAGGAAGCCAGAGACUGAUUAUGAUUGCCCUUUCCUUAACCACAGAUGACUUCACUUCUUCCACCCACCCCACCCACUUUUCCCAUAGCCAGACUGGGGGGCUGCCCUGCCAACCUCAGCCUGUCCGCCAGCCCCUGCCUGCCUGCCUGUCUUCUUUCUCCCAUCCAGUCUAGCAGUGGGUGGCAGGGGCCCCUGCCUACCAGCUCCCUUCUCUGCCUUUGUGCUGAUUCUUUGGACCUCAGCAGGGAACAGAAGUAUGGAGAGGAGGGGGCAAAACUAGAGCAAGCUGGCUCCUCCUCCUUCUGGCUCUGGCUCCGCCCACUGUGUGGCUCCCUGCUUUCUGCCCUUCCAUUUCUGUUAGGCAUCAGCCACCACUGGCCGUAGCUAUGGUUGGCCAUCAUGCCGUGCUAACCAUGGAUAAGGUGAAGCAGGGCUUGCUCUUAACCAAGGUCUAGAACCAGAUUUGAAAAGCAGUUCACAGCCAACCUUGGUUCAUGUGGAUAUGGUAGGUGGGCUAAGUGUAGCCAACUGAAGGGGAAAUCACAUACAACCGACCCAGGGUACGUGUGUGUCACCCUGCAGUUUCAUCCUACUCCCAUAGCCUGAAAUCACUGUCAGAAACUAUUUUGGUCUCCCCCCCCC